CUUUCAUUACGCGUUUUCGCAAUCUUGGCCUUGUCUUCCUCUUCUCUUUUCUCUUACAAUUACUCACAACUUUAAACAUUCUAAGCCAUUCACUUCUCAUAAACAACACAACGCAGAACACUCCCUCUUCAUCCCACCAUCCAAGUCAACACAUCUUCCAUGCCCUUCUCGGAUUCUAUCUCUCUCCGAUCCCCACUCGCAAAAAGAUCUCAAUUUUGAUCUUAAUUUCGUUCCGCAAAGCACACCCAUUAUCGUUGACAUGGCAUCGAGCACGAUCCGCAAGGCGAUUGGCGUGGUGAAGGACCAAACCAGCAUCAGCAUAGCCAAAGUUGCAGGAAAUUUGGCUCCAGAGCUGGAAGUGUUGGUGGUCAAAGCCACGAGCCAUGAAGUAGUCCCUGCUGAUGACAAGUACAUGAGAGAAAUUCUGAGUUUGACAUCGUAUUCCAGAGGCUACAUCAAUGCUUGUUUGGUCACCAUUUCGAAGAGGCUUGGGAAGACCCGUGAUUGGAUUGUGGCGGUUAAGUCACUCAUGCUUGUUCACAGGCUUUUGGUUGAUGGGCACCCCGCGUUUGAGGAAGAGAUUGUGCAUGCCACUCGCAGAGGGAUGAGGAUUCUCAACAUGUCUGAUUUCAGAGACGAGGCGCAUUCUAGUUCCUGGGAUCAUGCAGGUUUUGUUAGGCUUUAUGCAUUGUAUCUUGAUGAGAAGGUUGAGUUUGUGGUGUAUCAGAGGAAGCUGAGAGGUGGUGGUAGUGUUGAAUAUGGCGAUGAGAGAGAGGAUCGAAGUAAAAGAAGUGAAGUUACCCCUGUGAGGGAAAUGAGAGCUGAGAGGGUUUUGGAUAGGUUGAAGCUUUUGCUGCGGAUUCUUGACCGUGUAUUGGGGUGUAGGCCAAGUGGUGUUGCUAAGAAUAAUAGGCUUGUGCUGGUUGCGCUUUACCAAGUUGUGAAGGACAGUUUCAAGCUAUACGUGGAGAUAUGUGAUGUGUUGGGGGUGUUGUUGGAUCGGUUCACAGAGAUGGAGUAUGCACAUUGUGUCGAUGCCUUUGAUUCUUAUGUCAGUGCUGCCAAGUUGAUGGAUGAGUUGGUGGGGUUCUAUGGUUGGUGUAAGGAUAUGGGAAUUGCAAGGUCCUCUGAGUACCCUGAAGUGCAGAGAAUCACCGAUAAGCUUCUGGGUACACUUGAGGGUUUCUUGAAGGAAAUGAAUAACAGGCCAAAGAGUCCUGAGAAGAGUGGGAUUGAGGUGAAGGAAACUGUGGAAGAGGAAGAGCCAGAGGUAGAUAUGAAUGAGGUAAAGGCUCUUCCAGCAUCUGAGAAUUUCACACCUCAACCACCACCCCCUUCAGUUCCACAGCUUAAGGCAACUCCUUCUCAAGAGGAGACAAAUGAUUUGGUGAAUCUAAGAGAUGAGGGGAUUUCAGCUGAUGAGCAAGGGAACAAGCUAGCAUUGGCAUUGUUCUCCGGGCCAGCAACAGUUAGAACAGAAGGAUCUUGGGAAGCAUUUCCUUCAAAUGGGGAAUCAGAAGUUACAUCUGCAUGGCAAACACCAGCUGCUGAACCUGGUAAAGCAGAUUGGGAAUUGACAUUGGUAGAGUGUACUAGUAACUUGUCAAAGCAGAAGGCUGAUUUGGCAGGUGGGUUUGAUCCACUAUUGCUAAAUGGCAUGUAUGAUCAAGGGGCUGUGAGGCAACACGUGAGCACAACACAGCUGAGUGGUGGUAGUGCUAGCAGUGUGGCACUGCCUGGGCUUGGUAAGAGUGGCACACCAGUUCUGGCUUUGCCUGCUCCAGAUGGGACAGUUCAGGUUGUGGGGUCACAGGAUCCGUUUGCAGCAUCGCUUUCAGUUCCUCCACCUUCAUAUGUACAAAUAGCAGACAUGGAAAGGAAGCAGCAUUUGCUUGUGCAGGAGCAACAGGCGUGGCAGCAAUAUGGGAGAGAUGGGAUGCAAGGGCAAGUGGGUUUAGCCAGGGUUGCUGGUGGAGAUGGUUACUAUGCACCUUUGAUGCCUUAUGGAAUGCCACAGUUUGGAGGGAUUGGCCAACCUGGACCUUAUUACCAUACACCUUAUUAUUGAAUUCUCAAUUCAAUCAAAGAGAGGAUCUUGUUUUGUGAAAACUUAAUUUCUUCAUGGCCAUAUGACCUUCCAAGCAAUAUCAAAGUCUCUUAAGGUUUUUUUUGCUGUCUGAGUUUGGGAUGUAUAAAUGUUGAAAAUAUGUUUGAAGAGUUUCAUACAUCCCAAGUUAUAAACGAUAUAUAAUAUAUAUGAAAUAUGAAGUCCUUAUAUCAUCUCGAUCUUCACUCUGCCUGCCGUGUAACUUACGGAUAGUGAAACGACUCAGGCCCUCUUCUAGUAUCAAGUGUUAUCUGUCAUUUAGUUAGCAUGAUUUUAUAUACCAUAUAAUAUAAUAUAAUAUACCACACUAUCACUAACUAAACCUUCUCACUAGCAACGUGCGGGGUUUGAAGACAAAGAGUGAAUGUAAAAAAAAUAAAAUGGCUCCACCUAAUUCUUGUCACCCCCCCCCCUCCCCCACCACCAUUGACAGAUGCUCCACUACAUGCAUGAUAAAUUUGGGUCCACCUCUUCGCAUAAAUCCAGCGCAAGGACAAGCUUUUUGCUCUGUUUAUGUGAGGCUCCUUAAUUUAUGGAGCAGACUUUCAAGGGCAAGCUCUGCUUUGGUUCUCUUCGGGUAAGCCCACCACCUGCGGAUUGCGCGGUAAUUCUAUAUUGCUUUUUCAUUUUGUUUGGUGGAACCACACUGCGGUUUCAUUAUGCUCAACUUCACAUCUGAACCUCGAGGCUUGAGGGCCUUGAUCUGCCUUUAUUCAUUCAGUCCUAAAUCAACUAUCUGUUGGCUUUAUUGAAAAGAAAACAGGAGGAGAAAAAAAAUGAAAUUUAACUUGAAGGUAAAAUAAUAAGAGAACA